AGAAACCGCGCACAGUUUCCGGGCUGUGAGGUCGCUUGUUAGGGAAGAUCACCUCUAAUUUCUGGGCUAUCCGCGAGCCGACGUCACCGUACCCCGAUGUGGUCUCCGGACCGCUGUGAAACCUCAUACCCGGCCAACCCGCCUUUGCACUGUCCGCUCUAGGAAUCUGGGAGGAGUGCUCAGCUCUAUGGUUCAUCAUAGCACAGGCCCCGGGCGGCGGUGGGGUACCGGGUCGGGGAGGGUUGCCGAGAAUUAACCCUGAACAGCCGCGAGCUGCCCCUAGCGGUGCGUUAGCCAGGGACGUGCUUGGCCGGCGGCAGAUCCCUUGCUGCUCUGUCUGCCGGUUCUUGAGGUGAAUAUCGGAAUCCAUUAUCUUUCGGGAAAGCUCUCUGGGGCAGGGAGCAUCCUGAAGAGUUGGAAUUCUGAAGGAAUCUCUCAGACGCAAAUCUCUAUCUCCUCCCUGCCUCACCUGGUCAGGCUUUUCAGACUAUCUCUGCCCAGAAUGUCAGGAGAGGCCACAGUCUUGGCUUACCGUGCCCCAGAAGAACAGGAAGGACUUAUAGUUGUCAAGGUUGAAGAAGAAAAUUAUGUUUGGGGCCAGGACUUUGGCCUUCAGGGAAACUCCUGGAGCCAAGAGGUAUUACGGCAGCAGUUCAGGCAAUUUAGUUACUCUGACUCCACUGGCCCUCGGGAAGCUCUGAGCCGGCUCCGAGACCUUUGCUGUCAGUGGUUGAGGCCAGAGGUGCACUCCAAGGAGCAGAUCCUGGAGUUUCUCGUGCUGGAGCAGUUCCUGACCAUCCUUCCUGAGGAGCUGAAAGCUUGGGUGCGAGAGCAUCGGCCAGAGAAUGGAGAGGAAGCCGUGACUAUGCUGGAGGAGUUGGAAAAAGAACUCGAUGAGCCAAGGCAACAGGACACAGCUCAUGGCCAAGAAAUGGUCUGGCAGGAAAUGACAUCCACAGGAGCACUGAAAUCUCUGAAUAGCCCGCUGAAGCCCUUACAGAACCAGUGCAAGAGUGAGACUCAGGAGCCUGAGGCUUUCCAGGAGAGAGACGGCAAGAUGGUGGCUGGCAAAGUGUUGAUGGCAAAGCAAGAAAUUAUUGAAUGUGUAGCCUCAGCAGCUAUGAUAUCUCCAGGAAAACUUCCUGGGGAAACACCUUCCGAACAGAUAGUUGAAGAAGCUUUGGGAGGUCUGGACAACUCUAAGAAGCAAAAGGGUAAUGUUGCAGGGAACAAAAUCAGUCAGCUUCCUUCUCAGGAAAGACAUUUCACUCUGUCAACCUUUAACAAAAGAAUCCCCACAGAACACAGUGUCCUUGAAUCUCAUGAGAGUGAAGGAAGUUUCAGUAUGAAUUCAAAUGAUAUUACACAACAGAGAGUUCACACUGGGGAAAAACUCUAUGAGUGCUUUGACUGUGGGAAGGCUUUUUGCCAGAGCUCAAAGCUGAUCAGACAUCAGAGAAUUCAUACUGGAGAGAGACCUUAUGCAUGUAAAGAAUGUGGCAAAGCCUUCAGUUUGAGCUCAGACCUUGUUAGACAUCAAAGAAUUCAUAGUGGUGAAAAACCUUAUGAAUGUUGUGAAUGUGGAAAAGCCUUCAGGGGCAGCUCAGAGCUCAUCAGGCACCGGAGAAUCCAUACUGGAGAGAAGCCUUAUGAAUGUGGAGAAUGUGGGAAAGCCUUCAGCCGGAGCUCAGCCCUUAUUCAGCAUAAGAAAAUUCACACAGGAGAUAAAGGCUAUGAAUGUAUUGAGUGUGGUAAGGCUUUUGGUAGGAGCUCUAUCCUUAUUGAACAUCAAAGAAUUCACACUGGGGAGAAACCUUAUGAAUGUAAUGAAUGUGGAAAAUCCUUUAAUCAGAGCUCAGCCCUCACCCAGCACCAGAGAAUUCACACUGGAGAGAAGCCUUAUGAAUGUAGUGAAUGUAGAAAAACAUUUAGGCAUAGGUCAGGCCUUAUGCAGCAUCAGAGAACACACACCAGAGUUUAACUCUGUGGGUAAGAGUUGUACAAUUGUGAAAUGCAAGGAAUUCACUGUAGGGGUGAGACUCCACAGAAAAUAGAAGUUUCCUGAGAGCAGGACUUCUGUCCUUCCAGCCCAGUUCAGUACUCCAAGAGGACAUCCACACAAAGAUGUUUGUUAUGAUUAUUGACAUGUUGAAUGGAAGAAAACUUUACCCAGGUCUUCUCCAAAAAGAAUGGUAGAUAUUUCCUUGAAAUGCCUAACCCAUUUCCAGAUAAGACCUAUCAGUAUCCCCUUCACUCCACUCUCUGCCAACUCAGAUACAGUUUCCACUGGGCAUCUUCACAGUAGUGUCAGGAUUGGGACAGAUCUUGAAAGAGCAUCUUAUAAGAUGGCAAAUGUACCUGGAAAGAGCAUUUGUAUUUUGGCGGGUGAAGGCAUGUGCUGAGAGUUACCCAACUAUCUGAAAUGUUGGAUUCAGAGAUUGUGAAAUACUGAAUUAUGCUAUUAGUUUAAUAGUAUCUGAGGCAGUUAAAUAGUACCUAAGGAAUGCUGCCUCAUUCUGCCCCCUUGCCAGUUCUCUCCUCAACCCUGAGUUUCCUGCUGAGGUCAAUGCAGGUCUACUUGUUUAUUGAGCACCUGCUAUGUGCUAUGCAUUGAGGUGAACAUGGUCAUUGCCCUCCAAGAGUUAAGGGCUAAUAGGAUAUGCAUAUAUACUAAACAGUAAUUACAGUAAAGUGUGAUAAAUGCUUUGGUAGGAAAAAUGCAGGAUUCUGUCAAAGUACAUGGCAGAGAUACCUAAACAUGGUCUAUGAAUCACUAAAGACUUCCUGGAUGUGAUGACAUCGCAGUUAGACCUAAAGGUGGGUAGAAGGUAGCAAGAGCAGGGGAAAAGAGAAGAACAGGAUCUAGAGACACCCCUUCAUCACGACUCUACUGCAGAAAUUGUCAUAGACCUAUUUUUUUUAAAGGAACCUAAGGGAGUAAUUCAACAAAUAUUUACUGCCCUCAAGUAUAAUAGCUCAGGGUCUGCAAGCCUGGUAAGGAGGGGAGGGGGCAGGGAAUAGUGGAGCCUGGGAAGGCAGAUCACUGUGUUUCUUUAUGCUUCCCACUUCCUGAGUCCCAGAGUAAUGAGACACAAACACUCUAGUCCCCACUGUCUCUUGGGCCUCUGAUAUGCAUUCUUUCCCUAUGUGUAUACAUGCCUGCAGAUCACUGUGUUCCUUUAUGCUUCCCACUUCCUGAGUCCCAGAGUCAUAAGACAUACUUCAGUCCCCACUGUCUCUCGGGCCUCUGAUACGCAUUCUUUCCCUGUGUGCAUACAUGCCUUUUCCCAUCAGAUGCACCGGAGUCUCCCACCACACUAAUUCUGAGCACUUUAGGGUCUCAUAGGUCACACUGGGUCUAGGAUAGGCUCCCCAACUCUGUGAUUGUAAGUAGAAAAAGGGAAACCAAACACAUGGGGAUUCUGAGCCAGGCUUUAUGGUAACUAAUUCCUGCUUCAGAGAAGAGUCCUGAUGAAGGGGUGUCUCCAGAUGCUAUCUUAUCUUCAUUGUAUGUGCUAUAACCUCUGCCUGUAAGUCUCUCUGCUAAUUUUUAUUUUGGCAUUUUUAAUUAACCCACAAUUGCUGAGGGCAAUUAAUUAUCUAAGAGAAAGUUUGAUUCCUCUACUAAGAUGUCCU